CAAAAUUUUACAAAUUACAAUUAUGGUUUACAAAUAUAUGCCUCCACCAUUCAACAACUACAACUAUAUCGUGCAUAUGUUGACAACAAUGGUAUAUCACCUCUACAAAUUUGUAACGCAACAUUUAUAUCACACCCUUUCUGA